AUGGCGGACGAAACGGAGGUUGAGACAGUCGUUCGAAUUCAAGCUGUGGACAUUCGUGACCUGUAUCCAGAACUUUGCGCACAGGAUGUGAGCUCGCGUACGUGUUUGCUGUGUAGCGCAAAGUUGAAGGAUAAGACGCACAAUCUCACGCGUCACCUGGAGCGACAUCACGCUGGGGCUCUAUUGCAACUACUAGAGCAGCGAAAUGAAAUUUCACCAAAAGUUCUUGUUUCCAAGAGGAAGCACGUACAGCCGAAAAAGUCAGAGGUGGUUAAGCAGUCAAUGAGAGAGGAUAAAGACACCCAGCUUAAGGUAGGGAACGCCAACCUUGCCCUUGCAAAAUGGCUUGCACAAGAGCAGCUACCCGUUGAUUUGAUCAAUAAUUCUAGCUUUCGGCAAUUUACUGAAGAGCUAAGUGGGCAUUUUAAUCUACCGACGGAGAAAGAGCUGCGUCAAUUGCUAAAAACGUUAAUGAACGGAAGGGAUACGGCCGUUGAGCAACAGACAAUAGCGAAAGGUGACGCUAUGCUACCAGUUGAUAUGCUGGCACUCAAAGCUACUUCUCGUUGCAAUGAAGACUCGCCACUUGUAUCAUGCAGUCGCAUUGUGUGUGGUAUUGUCACCAGUGGUGAAGCCAAAGUAAAAGUUUUACGAGCAACAGCAUCGCUGCUCGAUGCUCAAACUUGUCGAGGCAAAGUUUUAGGCAAGAAUGGCGUGCUUGGCAGGUUUUUUGUUGGAAUUGUUUGUCAGAUACAGCCGUCUGUGCUGAGUCAGGUAGACUCAGUGAAUGAUGCAAGCUCUAUUAAGUUAUUCGACAAAGUCAUUCCAUCACCUUAUGAUGUACUUGACAUGCAGGAGCAACGCGAAUAUGAUCAUCAAACGAGUCAAAGUGGCCACAAUCUGGACCGAAAACACAGUGGCGCUCUUGCCGAAUACAUUGUACUGCCAGUCUCAAAUCUGUUGGUAGUUCCUCCAACUGUUCCCGAUGAUCUGGCACUUCUAUCACAUGACAUGUCUAUCGUUCUUUCCAUUGCUAGCGAAUUGCACCGACAAUCAAUAAAAAACAUUGCGAUUGUAGCAGACGGACCAUCGAUAAUCGUGUCCAAUUUGCUAUUACGAUAUUUGCAUCAAGCCUCGCAGCCCGCACCGCAAAAUAUCUACGUGAUUAUCACGUCUUCAGCCAGCUCGUCUGUGUGGUCACAGUACGCUUCCAUCAUUCCUUUAAAUAUUCAUCAGCCCGACGCUGAGGCCAACCUGAUAGCUCAACAGCCUGGGGUAGUGGUGGAUGCCAUUGUGGAUCUAAUCGGUUCUGAAGCUUCGACCGUAUUUGCCACUCAAUUGGUGCAGCCUAUGGGCUGCAUUGUGCUUGUAGAGCGAUCACAGUCUGACCUGGAUCCGCAAUCGACGAUCGCCAUGGAUAUGAAUAGUUUGGUCGUAAAAGAGUUAGAGAUCGUCAAUGUGAGUGGUGGAAAGAAAUUCCUGAACGACGCACUUCAAUACUUGGCAACCCAGGUGACGAAUUCAGAAAGCGCGACAGAGUUGCGCAAGUGCUUGCUAGAUUGCGUACAGUUCCCACACGCACUUCACAAGCUCCAAACAAUUCCAGAACAAAUGCUUGAAUCGCGAUAUCUUCAGACCUGA